GAAGGAUUUACGACGCUCUUCAGGCGCACAAGAACUGCAGUUUCUGCGACAGCCUCGGCGUCUAGAGUUUAACUCAGGAGUUUUGCUCUUUCUUUCAAAUGGAUUUUUGAAUUUUUAACAAGAAAAAAGACCUUUCUUUAGUAGUGAAUUACAGCAGUUUAACUCUGUGCUUAAAAAUGUAAACACCAAAAGCAUCUCACGAGGGCAAAAGUGUUCAGUCAAAGCGAAAAUGCAUGAGGUCUUGGUUUUGCUUAUCCUGAUAGAGGAGGGUUUCGCAUUGGCACAGAAAACUCAAGCAUUGCCUCACAAUGUGGCUGUUGAGGAUAAGAAACCCGCUCACUGUGGAACUUUGAUCCAGACUGCGAAUGGAGGGUCAUUCAGUUCUCCAAACUACCCUAAGACCUACCCACCUAAUAAGGAGUGUGUGUACAUACUGGAGGCCCACCCACGGAAGAGAAUCAAGCUCGAGUUUGAUGACAUCUACUACAUCGAACCGUCCUUUGAGUGUCGGUUUGACAACAUUGAAAUUCGCGACGGGCCGUUUGUAUUCUCUCCGUUGAUUAAUCGUUUCUGCGGGGCACAGAGUCCAGGACUGGUCACCUCUUCUGGACGUUUCAUGUGGAUCAGGUUUACCAGUGAUGAGGAGUUGGAAGGACUGGGCUUCAGGGUGGAGUACUCAUUUACUGCAGACCCUGAUUUUCAUCUCCAUGUCGGAGGACUUUUGAAUCCCAUUCCAGACUGUCAGUUUGAAAUGUCUGGAUCAGAUGGUAUAAUCAGGUCUAGUCAAGUUGAGGAGGAAAACAAGGUGAAAUCAGGUGACGCAGUAGAUUGUAUAUGGACCAUACGAGCUCCACCAAUGUCAAAGAUCUAUCUGCGCUUCCUGGAAUAUCAGUUGGAGAACUCAAAUGAGUGUAAAAAAAACUUUGUCGCGAUCUACGAAGGCAGCAAUGCCAUUGAAGACCUUAAGGCCAAGUUCUGUAGCACUGUUGCUAUUGACGUCACGGUUGACAACGCUGUGGGCGUGGUUCGAAUGUGGGCUGAUGAGACCAGCAGACUGAGUCGGUUCCGUAUGCUCUUCACGGUCUUUGCUGAACCUCCAUGUUUGGCCAACACGUUUUUCUGCCACAGCAACAUGUGUAUCAACAACACUCUGGUUUGUAAUGGCGUUCAGAACUGUGUGUUCCCCUGGGAUGAAAACAACUGCAAAGAAAAGAAGUCUAAAGGUUUUUUUCUGCAAAUGAGCAAAACUCAUGUUACUGUCAUCGGAAUUGCCUCUGGUGUGGUCUGUCUCCUCCUUAUCAUAUCUGUAGUUAUACAGAUGAAGCAGCCGAGAAAGAAGGUUUUGAAUCGUAAGAGUUUGUUCGGUGCCACAGAGAUGCUGGAGGUGCUGGAGCCGCCUCAGUACGAGCUGUUCUCCAUGCGGGAAGCCGAGCUGCCGGAGGAGCUGACGGAGGAGCUGGAGAGCCUGCAGAAACUCCGGCGGUCUUCCAGCACAUCCCGCUGCGUCCAUGAGCAUCACUGUGGCAUGCAGGGCAACACCUCCAUAAGAGCGCAUAAUCUUUUGCAGGCUUCUGAGGAGCUGAGUGGGGUUGUAGGAGCCAGAGGCUGGGGCAGUUUACACGGACGCAGGAGCAGCUCACUCGCGCACGCUUUCACGCGCGGUCCGCACACGCAUGCUUACAGCGCACAGAGCCUGGGUGAGGCACUAGAGGACAGGGAGAUGAGUCUGCAAGGCCGGAUGAUGGAGGAGAUUGGGUACAGUGAUGGUUACAACCGUGGAGGUCGUGUCAUUAUGGUGCGUAACCAUGCCAACCCUGUUCAGCAGCGCUCCCUAUCUAUGGACUUCUGAGUGAUGGAGCAGUGAGCUGACACAUUUUUUGUCACAUGUAAAAAUACAAUAAUAUAAUGCAUACAUGAAUGCAAACAUAACUGUAAAUGUUCCCUUCAUUGAUCAUGUUUGCCCACACCAUCAGUGUUCAUGAUGUCAUUUAAAGCCCUCUUUAGGUACAUCAGUUAGGCUUUGUUCACACUGCACAUAAAUCUGAUUUUCAGAUUUGAUCUUUUGGACUGAUUGUUCGCACUGUCAAGUGGUGGCAUCAGAUCUUUUUGUUGAGACAGUGUAGUCAAUAUCCAGUGUACCUACUGUACAUCAGUUGCUAUAAUAAUGACUUAAGUGUUAGCAGGACAUGUGAACCUAAAUUAGUGAAUUCAUAAAACAACUUGGAGUGCGAUCUGAAUAUUCAGAAAUGCAUGAACAAAAUUCAGAUUUUAAUUGGAUUUCAAACAACAUACAAAUUUGCUUUGGAUCAGAUUUGGAAAAAAAUGGUCUUAAUUUUUAUUUUAUUUUAUAGUAUAUAUUCAGACUGCAAACAGCUAAACAGAUUUAAGUCGGACACGCUUAAAUCAGCAGCGUGAAACAUACAGCGCAACCAGUGUAGUCUGAUUCCUGACCAAAUGACUCUUAUGAACGGUUCUUUUGAAUCUACAGCAUUAAACAUACAGUGUGAACAGUGUUGUCCGAUUCCCUAAUGAAUGACUCUUAUGAGCCGGUUCUUUUGAAUCUACACCAUUAAACAUACAGUGUGAACAGUGUUGUCCGAUUCCCGAAUGAAUGACUCAUUUGAGCCGGUUCUUUUGAAUCUACACCAUUAAACAUUCAGUGUGAACAGUGUUGUCCGAUUCCCGAAUGAAUGAUUCUUAUGAACGGUUCUUUUGAAUCUACAGCAUUAAACAUACAGUGUGAACAGUGUUGUCCGAUUCCCGAAUGAAUGACUCUUAUGAACGGUUCUUUUGAAUCUACAGCAUUAAACAUACAGUGUGAACAGUGUUGUCUGAUUCCCGAAUGAAUGACUCUUAUGAACGGUUCUUUUGAAUCUACAGCAUUAAACAUACAGUGUGAACAGUGUUGUCCGAUUCCCGAAUGAAUGAUUCUUAUGGGCCGGUUCUUUUGAAUCUACAGCAUUAAACAUACAGUGUGAACAGUGUUGUCCGAUUCCCGAAUGAAUGACUCUUAUGAACGGUUCUUUUGAAUCUACAGCAUUAAACAUACAGUGUGAAACAGUGUUGUCCGAUUCCCGAAUGAAUGAUUCUUAUGGGCCGGUUCUUUUGAAUCUACAGCAUUAAACAUACAGUGUGAACAGUGUUGUCCGAUUCCCGAAUGAAUGACUCUUAUGAACGGUUCUUUUGAAUCCACAGUGUGAAACAGUGUUGUCCGAUUCCCGAACGAAUGACUCUUAUGAACGGUUCUUUUGAAUCUACAGCAUUAAACAUACAGUGUGAACAGUGUUGUCCGAUUCCCGAAUAAAUGACUCUCAUGAACGGUUCUUUUGAAUCUACACCAUUAAACAUACAGUGUGAACAGUGUUGUCCGAUUCCUGAACGAAUGACUCUUAUGAGCCGGUUCUUUUGAAUCUACAGUGUGAAACAGUGUUGUCCGAUUCCCGAACGAAUGACUCUUAUGAACGGUUCUUUUGAAUCUACACCAUUAAACAUACAGUGUGAACAGUGUUGUCCGAUUCCUGAACGAAUGACUCUUAUGAGCCGGUUCUUUUGAAUCUACAGUGUGAAACAUACACACGGUAGAGAGAUGAGAUGAGGCGGUGAAAGCACGAUUUAACCACGCAGCACACGCCGAUCUCAGCGGACAACAUGUUGAAAACACACUAUAAACCUAUUU